CAGUGCCGUGGAGUAGUGUUCCGACCUUAACAAUGAGGUUACUAUUAAUAACGUUAUUAUGUUUACAUGCCGUUCUCGCGUUUGAUUACCAGGCGAAGCGAGCGAAGAUAAUGCGAGAUGAAUCGCUCAUGUCAAUUGGAGGUCAAAUUGAACUUACAGAUAAAGAAUCAAACGUAAAUAACUGCCUGAUGCAACACAAAUUUCAAGAAGUUGACUAUGGUUUUAGCAAUCCGCAGUAUUAUAAUUUCUCGCGACACUUCUUCAGUUAUAGAAACAUAAUACCGAAAUCGAAAGCGUAUAAGAUUAUCCGUGACAUGCCCAAAGGCGGAGCUCUUCAUAUCCAUGAUAUGGGCAUUCUGAGUCCUGAUUAUCUUCUUAAUAUCACAUAUAUGGAGAAUCUCUACGUGUGUUUUGAAAAAAGGGAUAUAAAAUUACUGUUUGCAAAUAAAACUCCAGAAGCAAAAUGCCAUACAACCUGGCAAUUAAUGAGUGAAGCCAGAAAUAAUUCGAGAAACGUUACGAAAUUCGAUGCUGAGUUACGCAGUCAUUUUUCAAUUUGUGUUAAUAAUCCCGAUGUAAUCUAUCCAAGUAUUAAAGAAGUUUGGGACGCAUUCAUGGGAUAUUUCAAAAGAGUCGCCCCCAUGAUGACGUAUAGACCUGUUUGGGAACAAUACUUCUACGAUGCUUUAGAAAAAUUUCGAAAAGACAAUGUCAUGUAUGUUGAAGUGAGAAGCGUGUUGAUCAACUUAUAUGAAUUGGACGGCACUGUUUACGACCAGUUAAUAACAGCAAAAACAUAUCAAAAAGCUAUCAAAAGGUUUAUGAAGGCGAAUCCAGAUUUUAUAGGAGCUAAAAUAAUAUACGCGCCCGCUCGAAACGUGGAACGAGUUAAAUUGGGCGAAUAUUUACAGUUAGCGUAUAGGAUUAAAGCCGAUAUGCCGGAAUAUUUUGCUGGAUUUGACUUAGUUGGACAAGAAGAUUUAGGGAAUCCGUUAGUCGAGUUUUUACCACAACUACGUGAAGCUGCUAAGGACUUAAAUUAUUUCUUCCAUGCUGGUGAAACUAAUUGGUAUGGGACAUUGACUGAUGAGAAUUUGAUUGAUGCUGUUUUGUUGGGAGCUAAAAGAAUUGGCCACGCGUAUGCUUUACCAAAACACCCUUCGAUUGUGAAAGAGAUUCUCGAAAAUGAUAUAGGAUUGGAAGUCAAUGUGAUAUCAAACUCAGUGUUAGCCUUAGUUCACGAUGUCCGUAACCAUCCUCUGAGUUUAUUUAUAGCUCAGGGGUUGCCAGUAGUGCUGUCCAGCGAUGACCCUGGAAUCUGGGAAGCUGAUCCCUUAACUGAUGAUUUUUAUGUGGCGUUCGUUGGUGUUGCAAGCCGUCUCGCAGAUUUAAGACUACUGAAACAACUUGCAUUGAAUUCUUUGAAGUACAGUGCUCUUGGUGUUAAAGAAAAAGACCUCGCAAUUGCUAAAUUUGGAAGACAGUGGGACGACUAUGUGAAUAAUUUUGACUGUUCGCGUUAUGACCAAUGAAAUCAGACGGUAUUGAGUGUUUGAAUUUAAGGGAGUGAUAAAAGAAAUACUCAAAUAGUAAAUAGUAAUUUCAAUUAUGCGUACAUAUUAUAAAUAAAAACUUUUGUCAAAAUUGCUACUUUCAUUAUUUUAGAAGAUACUAGCUGGCCCAGCAAACGUUGUAUUGCCAUAUAAAGUAAUAAAAAAAUUCAAUAAUUAAUAUUUUUAGGGUAUAAAAAUAAAUAACGACCGAUUCUCCGACCUACCAAAUAUAUCGUACAUAAAAUUUAUGGUACUACAAUAAACAUUAUAUUCGAUUGCCAUAUAGCAACUCUAUUGCGUGUCUGUGGAUGGAUUAGAAUAAUAUUAAAAUCGUGUGGACCCCCCUUAACAUUUAGGGGGAUGAAAAAUAGAUGUUGUCCGAUUCUCAGACUUACCCAAUAUGCACUCAAAUAAAUAAAAAAUAUAUUAGAUUGAACUUGUAAAGAAGUACUUAGAUAUUCAAUAAAAACGUGUAAUACAUUUUAGGAAAAAUAUAUUAUAAUUGUAUUGCAAUAGUUUAAAUCUGAAGAGAUUGUUUGUUUCUUUGCUUCGUUAUAUUUGUAUAAGUAUUUUUGAUGAUAGACAUACUUAUUAACGGUCAUUUUCAAUAACCUAUCCUUAGUUUAACUUACUAGAGGUAGUCCCUCUAGGAAAUCUAUCCUUUUACACUUACUUACAUUUCAAUAACCUAUCGACAGAAAGCAUUGGACUAUAACUAUAUUGGACAUAACUAUGUAUAGAUGAAAUCUUGUCAUUAAACGGUGACAGCAAUGUAUCCGUAACUAGAGAUACGUUAUUGAAAACGGCCAUUAAUCAGUUAAUUAAAACACUUUUAAAGGAUUUAAACGCGUGUAAUUGUAACUGUGUUUUUACAAUAGAUUUUUUCGUAAAAGUUACAUUUUUAUUCAAGUCCCCUUGAAACGAGGCCUGUAAAGUUCUUGAAACUAAAAUAAUAAUAAAAAUGUAACUCACGCAGAAACCUAAUGUAAAAACAAAGGUACAAUUACACGCGUAUUAAUCUUUUAAAAGUGUUUUAUUUACGAGUAAUUAAUUAAAGAAAAUACUAUAAUUUAAUCAUAUUAUUAAUAUUAUUUUGGCUUUAUUUUGUAUGGCCUUUACCAUAAUUAUAUUACGAGGAAAUUAUAAGUAUUAUUUAAUGGAAAUGAGUUCAGUUCCGUCGUAACCAUAAUAAAUUGAAUUAGAUUGGCUUCAAGCAUAUAAAUAAUACUAACUGCCCGCGAUGUCGUCUAGGUGUACGCUGUAAAGCAGGAAAAUUCAUGUAAAAUCAUAAAUUAAUCUAUUCAGUAGUUCGUGUUAUGCCCGGAUAUACACACAGACAAUCAGACAAAAUUUCUAUAAAUACUUUUUUGCAUUAUUUUUUUUAGAACACACAGCAAUUAUUCUUGAAAUCAUAAUAAUUAAUUUAAUGUUUUUACUUUGCUACGAUUCUACUCUAUGUAUAAUUCUACAAGUACAUACCUUCCAUUAUUUAUACGUCUAGAAAGAGCCACUUGCUCUCAGGCAACGCAUGACAAUAGGCCAGGUUUAUUACGUUAGUCUGCAUGACAGCUGCGUCUUACACUGGCGAUACUUCAGUCACUUUGUUUCAAUGUGCGUGCGUUUGCUGAAAAUAGAGGCUAACAGUUCACCGCAAUUUUUUUCGACGUGUUUACUAGACAUUUUUACAUGACGAUUUUUACUGUGACAGUCUAUCUAGACGUAUAAAUUCGAAAUCAGAAAAAUCACUUCCGAGUUGUUUGCAAGUCCAAGAGUUUGCAGUAAGGUUAUUUACCAGUUUUCAACAGUCAACAAUUCUAAAUGCACCACUUAGUUACCUCAUAAUGCUACCAGUCUAUAUAAUAAUACUACCAGUGGGAGGCUCCUUUGCACAGGAUGCCGGCUAGAUUAUGGGUACCAA